AUGACAAUGGCGCUUCAAUCAAACAACGAAACAUCACUUAACACUCGAGAAAAGGAGAGACUUCUUCAUACAAAACAACUCUCUCGCACUCCAUAUCACUCGAUUAUUGUAAGUGUCUGUUCUUUUAUUCUCGUGACCGAGUUCUGCGAACGUCUGGCCUACUAUGGUCUCUCCGGGUCAUUGCCUAUCUUUUUCCAUCGUAAUUUAGGCCUUAGUAUGGUUCUAGCUACAGAGCUCAACUCGACAUUCACGUCACUCUCAUACCUCACGCCACUUCUCGGCGCGUACGUAGCAGACCGUCACCUCGGUCGCUUUUCGACGAUCGUUAUCUUCUGCUUGCUCUAUAUCGUCGGGCUCAUGCUGUGCGUCUUUGCAUCGUUGCCAGCUGUAUCGUCACUGCCACUCUUUAUGCUGGGAUUGUUUGGAGGCGUCGGCUUUGGAGCUGGAGGGAUUAAACCAAAUGUUGUCGUGCUGGGAGCUGAUCAGUUUGACGUGGACAUUCCAAUCCAACGAGCAGAGAAAGACAGCUUUUUCAAUUGGUUCUACUGGGCCAUUAAUGUGGGGGCGACAUUCAGUUACGGAGUGCUCACGAACUUGGCCGUGAACGGUCUGCCGCCGUAUAUUUCGGUGGACUAUGGUUUUUUUGCGUCUUUUGCAAUUCCGUCAGCGACGUUUGUGUUGGCAGUUUUGGUAUUUUAUGCUGGAAAAGCACGGUACCGUCGCGUACCACCUAAGGGUAGUGCACUCGCCAAGUUUUUCUCCGUCUUGAUUGAGGCAGGUUCACGUUCAGGUCGUGGAAAAUUUGUGCUUAGCGGCGGCUUGGCGUUUGUACCGGGGAUUGUGCUUACAACCGUGUCGUAUUUUGUCCAGGAUGAAUUCAUUCACAUGGCGGUGGCGCUGGCUGGUGCGGGGGCUGUGGCGUAUGGAACCUUUGUACUCAUUUUCUCGGGUGCUACGGGUUGGCUGUGGUUGGCAUUGCACACGAAUGGUGGGUCAUAUUCGUCCCAAGAAGUGCAGGAUGCGGCGCAAGUGAUGCGUUUGGCGCCCUAUCUUGGGAUUAUAAUCGUAUUUUGGGCCGUGUACGGCCAGAUGAACUCCAACUUUGUCGUGCAGGGCUGUCAAAUGGAUCUGCGAGUGCAAGGAAGCGAAGGAGUGCUGCUUUCGUCCGCAAUGCUCAACGUCAUUGACUCGGGCGUUAUUCUUGUUUUCAUUCCCGUGUUUGAUCGCCUGCUCUACCCGUUGCUGACUAAGAUGGGCAUUUAUCCGUCACUGCUGCGCAAGAUUGGCGCCGGUCUCAUGUUUUCUCUCUUGGCCAUGCUGGCUGCAGGUUGGACUGAGCAGAUCCGCAAGAAUAGCCCUAUCGUUGAGGGUAUUACUUCAAAUUGCAGCGCUAUGGGUGAAUCUUUGCCCAUGUCGACGAUCGGUGUGUGGUGGCAGAUCCCGCAGUACGUGCUAGUAGGCGUGGCCGAGAUCCUCACGAGUAUAUCAUCGUACGAUCUCUUUUAUUCGGAAGUCCCUGAGUCCAUGCGGAGCGUGUGUCAAGCUCUAAACUUGCUUACAACCACAUUGGGAUUUAUUGUCGCGGGUGCUCUUAACAGCAUCUUUUCGUCUUGGAUUACGAGCGACCUCAACGAUGGCCACCUUGAGUACAUCUAUUACAUGAUGGCGUUGCUCGUGCUGGUGAUGCUGGUGACCUUCAUGUUUGUGUCUCAGUCAUUUGAGUACCAUGUUCCUCCUCCGGGUCUCGACACCGUGUCAGGAUUUUCUCCUGCGCUCUCACGCGCCGCGAGGGGACUGCGUAAGAAAUUGCAGCUCCAGCGCAGUGGCAGGAAGUAA